AUGAACAAAUCAAUGGAAAUAGAAUUUAUUUUGCUGGGACUGACAGAUGACCCUUUAUUGCAAAUUGUGAUUUUCUUGUUUCUAUUUUUCAAUUACAUCUUGAGCAUGAUGGGAAAUUGCAUUAUUAUCUUUCUCACACUUCUGGAUCCUCACCUAAAAACCCCAAUGUAUUUCUUCCUUCGAAAUUUCUCCUUCUUAGAGAUUUCAUUCACAACUGUCUGCAUUCCUCCAUUUUUGAUGAGAAUUCUGACUGGACACAGAACAAUUUCCUACAAUGCUUGUGCAACCCAAUUAUUCUUUUUCCUUUUAUUAGGAGUUACAGAAUUUUACCUUUUGUCUGCCAUGUCAUACGACCGCUAUGUUGCCAUAUGCAAACCUCUGCAUUACCCAAUUAUUAUGAACAUCAAAGUAUGCUAUCAGCUUGUAUUCAGCUCUUGGCUAACUGGAUUUCUUAUCAUCUUCCCUCCUUUGGCUUUGGGACUGAAGCUGGAUUUCUGUGCUUCGAAAACUAUUGAUCACUUCCUCUGUGACUCUUCACCUAUCUUACAGAUAGCUUGCACAGAUACACAUGUCAUAGAGUUGAUGGCUUUUAUAUUAGCUGUGGUGACACUUGUAGUCACUUUAUUUUUAGUGAUCCUUUCCUAUACAUACAUCAUCAAAACCAUUCUAAAAUUUCCUUCUGCUCAACAACGGAAGAAAGCCUUUUCCACCUGUUCCUCACAUAUGGUUGUUGUCUCUAUUACAUAUGGUAGUUGUAUCUUUAUGUAUAUGAAACCAUCGGCAAAGGAAAGGGUAACUCUAAGUAAAGGGGUAGCUGUACUUAAUACCUCUGUUGCUCCUUUACUAAAUCCUUUCAUUUACACAUUACGGAACCAGCAGGUGAAGGAAGCACUCAAAAAUAUUUAUCAAAGGUUUUGUAAUUUUCAAAAGAAAGAGACAAAGUUUUGA